AAAAUUCAUUCUCCUAACUUAUAGCUGCAAAAAUCAAGAAGUAGAAGUACUGUCAGAUCAAGAUGAAAUCUUGGUUAUUUUCGACGUUACGGAACUAAAACAUGAUGCAUCAUUUGCUUUGAUAUUCAUUCAAGAUUCUGGAAAACCACUACCUAAGCCACCAGCACCAGUUUGGAUACCUGGAAGUGAAAAUCGUCUGUUCCGCGGCUUUCAACUUGGGAAAAAUGGUCCAAUCGAGAAAUUCAUUCUCAAUGCUAUCCCGAAAAUACGAGAUCGAAAUCAUCCUUUAGAAUCAAUCGCUUCUAUUGUAACUGAUUUCACAUUAGGUCACUUGCUCGGAUAA